AUCGCACUCCAUGGCCAACAUCGUCGACGGAAAGCGGGUAUCGCUCUAGCUGCUCAAAGUAGCGGCCUCGUCGACGAUUACUACGACUCUUCUUCUCCCCCCAUCCACAGACCGCUACACCAUGCUCCGCUCUGCACCACGCCGCGCUGCCCGGGUCGUCCUCACUCCGCGCAUCGCGCUCGCCGCGCGCGCCGUCCCCCGCCCAGCGGCGCUGUCGCUGCCAUCAGCGACGCCAGCAGCCUUUACCCUCACCCGCGCCAACUCGACCGCCGUCGCCCCCGCCACCCCGAACAUGGGUCAGAUCCCCCUGUCCGAGCUCCCGCCGUCGCAGCGCCCCGGGGCCGAGGACAAGCCGCGCGCAGAGCACGCCGUCAUCUCGACAUUCGACCUGUUCUCCAUUGGCAUUGGCCCAAGCUCGAGUCACACGGUUGGUCCGAUGCGCGCCGCGAAGAUCUUCACCUUCUCCCUCCCCAAGGCGAUGCACAAGCACGUCCACAGCCUCAAGGUCUCCCUCCACGGCUCGCUCGCCGCCACAGGCAUGGGCCACAUGACGCCCCAUGCCGUCCUCCUCGGCCUGAUGGGCGAGGACCCAGAGUCGGUCGAGGUCGGACGGCUGGGGCGCGUGCUCGACGAGGUCCGCGCCGUGGGCGAGGUCGACCUCGGGCUCGACCACGGCGCACACAAGCGCGUCAAGUUUGACCUGGACCGCGACAUGACAUGGCACCUCAACCCGCUGCCCGCGCACCCCAACGGCGUCGUCUUCACCGUGUUCGACAAGAACGGCGACAUGCUCGCGACCAACGAGUACUUUUCUGUCGGUGGUGGCUUUGUCGUCAACAAGGAGACCCAGACGGCCAACCAGAACCUGUACUACCGCGAGACGCACGCCGACGAUGCCACACCCGCGCGCCGAGACCAGGGCCAGGGCUUUGCGGCGACAACGGCGGACGGCCUGCUGCCCGCCAUCACGGACGGCAAGGGCGACGGUAACGCCGCCGAGAUCGAGGGCAAGGCCGAGCCCAAGCGCCUGCCGUUCAUCUUCGCGACGGCCGAGGAGCUGCUCGCCAUCUGUGAGCGCGAAAACCUCACCAUUGCUCAGGUCGUGUGGGAGAACGAGCGCGCAUUCCGCUCCGAGGCCGAGAUCGAGGCUGGUCUCAUGGCCCUGUGGGAGACAAUGGACGGGUGUAUCCGAAACGGCGUGACCUCGAGCGACAAGCAUCUUCCCGGCGGUCUUAAUGUGCGCCGCCGCGCACCAGGCCUCUACAAGCGCCUCCAGCAGGGCUUCUACCUCAGCGUCGGCGUGCCCCGUAACCCCUCCCUCGGGCCGGGCACCGCCGUCGAGCCGGCGCCAAAGAACGGCAAGCGUACCGGACGACAGGGACACUACCUCGAGCUCGUGCCGAAGCACACCCGGCCCGUGUUCCCCGGUAUCGAGUACCUCUCGUGCAUGGCUAUUGCGGUCAACGAGGUGAACGCGAGCGGCGGUCGUGUGGUGACUGCUCCCACCAACGGCGCGGCUGGUGUCAUCCCCGCCACGCUCAAGUAUGUCACCGAGUUCAUCUCGCAGAACGCGCACCGCGACAUCAUGACCUUCCUCCUGACUGCCUCGGCCGUCGGCAUGCUCUUCAAGCGAGGAGCGACAAUCUCAGCCGCCGAGGGCGGCUGCAUGGCUGAAGUCGGCGUCGCGUGCAGCAUGGCCGCGGCGGGGCUGACUGCCAUCCUGGGUGCCGAGCCGCCCGUGAUCCUCCAGGCUGCGGAGAUUGGCAUCGAGCACAACCUCGGCCUCACCUGCGACCCGCUCGGCGGCCUCGUCCAGGUGCCAUGCAUCGAGCGUAACUCGCUCGGCGCCGUCAAGGCCGUCACGGCCGCCCAGCUCGCCAUGGCAGGCAGCGGCGAGCACACCGUCUCCCUCGAUGACGCGAUCGAGGCUUGCCGCACCACAGCAAUGGACAUGCACUCGCACUACAAGGAGACGAGUCUCGGCGGCCUGGCAGCAAGCGUCAAGAUUCCUUUGUGUAAGUCGCCACUCCACUGCCGCCGAGCUUCUCUGCUGACCGUCCCCAGCAUCACCCGCAUGUUAAUGCAUGAUCUACAGUGGGAGGAAUGGGUACAGGGGUUCACAAACAUGUACAAUUAUCACAUGGACUAUCUGAGCAGCAUGCUGCGAGUAGUCAUAUUCCGCGCCUAG